UGCGGUAGUGUCGGACUGUUGAGCGGGUUGCGGUGCGGCGCUACUUUGUAUUAUUUGUUCGGCGCGCGUGCCGCGGGCCGUAGGUCGCUCGUGGUGUGUGUGCGACGUCACCCCGUCCCGUGUUGUCCAAUCUCAAGUCGGUGCUAAGUGAUUAGUAUGAGUGACAGGGACAGGUCAUCGCCCUCCCUUACGGACACCCCUCUCAAGACGUACAUUGGCCGGCACGACGACGACUAUCCCCUAAUAAACGGAAACGAUUUCCUGAGUCACGGGGCAAGUUUCAACAAGAAAUACGGCAAAUCGGUGAACAGUAAGGACGUCUUAGAAGACAAGAAAGAUGACAACGAGCUGUGGGAGGCGCAGGCUGCCUUCCUCGGGCCGAACCUCUGGGACAAGACGCUCCCAUAUGAUCCAGAUCUCAAGGUACAAGAAUACGUGGACCUAGACGAGUUCCUGUCAGAGAAUGGCAUGCCAGGCGAGGCGCUGGGUGGUACACAUCUGGGCGGCUCAGCGUUUGGACCUGGAGCAGGCCUGGCGCUGGGCCUUCAGCCUCCCGUCACCAAGCGGGAGCGCUCACCAUCACCAUCAGACUGCAUGAGCCCGGACACCAUCAACCCGCCGCUCUCUCCAGCAGACUCCACAUUUUCAAUGGCGUCAUCCGGUCGUGACUUCGACCCGAGGACGCGCGCCUUCUCAGAUGAAGAACUUAAACCGCAGCCGAUGAUCAAGAAGUCGCGGAAACAGGUAAAUGAUGAAGUUUUGGACAUAGUCGACAGUGCCCGGGCAAUGCUGACUCUUCCUACUCUACGGACACCGCCCGUAACAGUUGGUAAAACUGUGAGGCGCGGCGUGUUAACCGCAUUCGGACGUGAUCGGCAGUUCGUACCAGACGACCUGAAAGAUGACAAGUACUGGGCGCGCCGGCGGAAGAACAACAUGGCUGCCAAGAGAUCAAGAGACGCACGCCGCAUGAAAGAAAACCAGAUUGCGUUACGUGCUGGCUACCUUGAGAAAGAGAAUAUGGGUCUCCGACAAGAAGUGGAGUUACUAAAGAAGGAGAAUCAUAUACUCCGUGAGAAGCUAUCUAAGUAUGCAGACGUGUAGGCUACGCGCGCUCUUAACCGCACAAACGCUAAACACCACGUGUAUGAAGUAGCCGCACGCCAAGACCCCGGCCGCAACGCUCCACUCAAUAUAAAAAAUUACAUAAAUCGGAAACAAGCAACCUGUUAAUUAUUGUAAAGCUUUAUAUCGUUAUGAUUAUAUUGUGAGUUACGUUAUACAUGCGUACCUUCGACGCACCGUGACAUUGGUACGUUCUUCUGUCUUCGUCCAAAGCUAUUUAUUGUUACUGUUAUGCAAUACGUUAGUUCAUACACGACCUUCUCGUCUCUUGCCCGGAAGCUACGUCUGCUGGACCCCCGGUCCGCUGGUCCUGCAGUCCCCUGGUCCGCCAGUCCACUGGAUGCCGUCUCGCAACAACCCAGUUUGUAAUUAAUAUUAUUUUAAUUUUAAAUGUUAUUUGAUAAGAAUCGUUAUACAGUUACCGUAAGUUAAUUCGUUUAGUAUACUAUGUAAUAACCAAAGUUCCGCUCAGUUUUAUCUCUCAUGGGAUGUGUUGGUACCUGUAGCUGGUGCACGUGCACCACAGGCGCUGGCAUCGUCAUUGAUCCAUCCAAAGUUCUUCUGCGAUGGUGUAGAGUGUGACGUCGUCGGCGUGCGGCGAGCCUUUUCUUUCGAUUUAUUGUUAAUGUUUGUUAUAUGAACGUGUGAACGGCGGUGCCGUGCCGCGCCGUGCCGCGCCGGUAGAUUGCUCAAGUGGCUCGAGUACGCAUGCGCAAGUAGUGGCUGCGUCUCUGUAUAUAGAUAUUCGUAAUGGUGAGUCCCCACCAGAACUGUUGGCAACUUUUGUGUCGACAACACGGGCUGGUUGGUUGAUGACUAAUGUUGUCGCGAGUGCGAGGUCGCCCGCUGUCUCCCCGGCGACUGGUCGUCAGCUACGGUGCCGUCCUACGGUACUUGACACGGAAGUUGUCGACGCGGGAGGUAAGCGCGGCGAGAACGCUGCGUCCGCGCACUAUCCCUCCGAACUCACACCCCGUCCGUAUGUGCGUUGGUCUACUUCUACAGACAUGUAUGAGACUACUACUAUUAAUAGAUGCCGUGUCGUUUGUCCUGGCCGUGAAAUAUACAAAAGCUUCCUUGUCAAGUUCAAUGUCUGUGGAGUCUUAUUUCUUCCACGGAGCAGCGAUCGAUCUCGCACGGACUAUAGUUACUCUAUCUUCCUCCCAGUGAACUCUCCCCCCUUUCUUCUCAUCUCCUCUCCCAUGCUCGCUUCGUAGAACGCUCUGUUGAGAUUAGUCGCGCGACGGCUCGCGCUUAGCGCGCGCCCUGUCUUUUCCGUAGUAAGCGAACACUAGAUUCGUUUGAGGUAAUCUUAGAACUAGUUGGUAUAUAAUUAUAAGUAGUAGGUAGUGUCAGUAGCGUAGUUGUUAUUAGUAUAUUUUUGUUAUGGCUGUAGUUGUUAACGUUUUGAAAGUUUAUAGGUAUAUAUAUGUAUGUAUAAUAUGUGUAUGUAUAAUUUGAUUGAGUUUAUUCAGCGGGUGCGCCACGCCGCGGCCUUGUAUCGCGUCGUUUACUUACAGACAUACUGAAAUACGACUAACUCAUAUAUAUAUAUGUGACGAUAUUUAUAAUAUAAAGGACUCUCGCUAUUGUUAUCAUUAUUAUAUAUUUUUGUAGAUUUUAAUCGUUGAUAAAUGAGUCAAUUGUACGUUUAUAUUGAAUUGAAAUAAAUUAAUGUUUAUGAAAUAAGUCUAAGAAGUUGUUGCAUUUGAAAGUAUUUUGUGACUUUGAUUCGAGCAAGAACAAUUGAAUGUUUUUCUAUAGAAAUGUUUACAAACAAAAUGUGGUGUUCUGUUGCACACCACGGGGUAUAACACCCUUCCAGUGUAUAGGUACUUACUAUGUAUGUAUACAUGGAUUGGUUCAAACAUUUAUAUUGCACUAUUUCAUAUCAAAAUAUAUUAUUAUUGUAAACCUAUCAUACAUAUAUUAUAAUUGUAAACAUAAUGAUGUAAAUUCGGCCGCGUCCAUGCUAUAUAACUAUGUUUUCACUCGUUUAUAAUAUUAUAUUAUAAAAUUAAAUUUCUAUAUAAUAUCAAUCAUUAACAUAACGGUACAUUAUACGACAGUAUUGUGAAAUUUCACUUUUAUAAAGGAUAAAAUAUGUGUAACAUCUUAUUGUGUAACCUUAUUAAAGUAGUAUGGAUGUGUCGAUGGAAUGAAAUAGAGAGAGAAACAUACAUCGAGUUGUUUAUUUAUAAAUAUUUAUUUAUUAGUUUUGUUCUGUGGAAUAAUUGGAAUUCGCCUUUAUGUCAACACUUACUCAAUAGGCAAUCACAACUGCAACAAGGCUAAACCAUAUUAAUGUAGAAUUUGUUUUGGUUAAUUUAUAUGGUUCUAUGGAUUCAAAUAAACGUUAAUUGUUGUAUGUGUU